UGCGCGCAUGUCAUGGUUGGGGCUUUACAAUAUGAUUACAUAGGGCCAGAGAUUAGCGUCACUGCACACAACUGUCGCUGUAAUCCCUCUUGAGAGGAUAGGUUUAGCAAAACUACGGGUUCGGAAAGCAGCAGCCAUAUUGUGUGUUUUCAAUGCGUUUUAAACGGCGUUAAAACAGCAGUGAAUGUAUUGAUAAGACAACUGAUUGCAAUUAACUUUUGGCAGUAUUAUUGUAAACCGAAUGGUAACAACAGUUUCGGGACUUAAGCAACAACCAAGUUUUAAAUUGGGUUUUGUAUUUUUUUUCACUGCGGUGGUAUUUUAAUAAAAUUAAAAAUUGUUACAGUUGACUUUAAAAAUGAAAGAUCGACUGGAACAACUGAAAGCGACACUCGACGCCGAUGAUACAGUUGAGACUGAGGUGGCUGUGGACAACGCCGCCUUUAUGGAUGAGUUCUUCUCUCAGAUUGAGGAGAUCAGAAGCAACAUUGACAAGAUAGACGAGAAUGUGACCGAAGUCAAGAAGCUUUACUCCAUCAUUCUUUCUGCACCGACGUCGGAUCAGAAAACCCAAGAUGACUUGGAGGCAGUCACCAAUGAUAUCAAGAAAAUGGCCAAUAAUGCUCGCAACAAACUGAAGAGUAUUGAGCAAAAUCUAGAAUCCCCUGGGGAGCGAGUGUCAGCUGACCUGCGGAUACGCAAGUCUCAGCAUGCAGUUCUGUCGAGGAAGUUUGUGGAGGUGAUGACCAAGUACAAUGAGGCGCAGGUCGACUUCAGGGAGAGGAGCAAAGGACGGAUCCAGAGGCAGCUGGAGAUCACUGGCAAAUCCACAACAGAUGAUGAGCUGGAGCAAAUGCUGGAAGGUGGAAAUGCAGCUGUUUUCACAGCUGGGAUCGUAAGCUCGGGGAUAUCACAGCAAGCACUGAGUGAGAUCGAAGCCCGACACAAGGACAUAGUGCGGCUGGAGAGCAGCAUCAAGGAGCUGCAUGACAUGUUUGUGGACAUCGCCAUGCUGGUGGAGAACCAGGGUGGCAUGAUCGACAGGAUCGAGAGCAACAUGGACCAGUCAGUGGGCUUUGUGGAGCGGGGGGUGGCGGACACAAAAAAGGCAGCCAAGUUCCAGGCUGAGGCCCGCAGGAAGAAGAUGAUGAUCAUGCUGUGCUGUGUGGUUCUUGUUAUCAUCCUCAGUUCUGUUCUGUACAGUUUCAUCACUUAGAAAACAGUAGGUACUUGAUAGAUGCCUCCCAAAAACAAACUGGCUUUAAAGAGUUAACAGAUCACUGAGAAACUGUUCUAAAAUCACUUGGAGAGACUCCUGUGAUUGCUGCCAAUCAGUAUUUCUUAAAUCUACUGUUCAAAAUGUCUUAUGUUUCCUCUAUCUCUCUCUUUUGCUUAGUCACCCUUUUGACUCCUUCCUCCAAAGUGGUUCAGUGCUUGGAGCAGGAAGAUAUGUGUUGUGUGAUGUUAAACUGAAAUUUGAAAACCAGAAAGUGUUUUGAUUACUGCAGAUAUAAUCAACAUAUAAUGUUUUAAGCAAAGUAGCUCAGGAUAUAAUAACGUCAUCAAGGAAAUAGUUUCGAUAAAAGUAUGCAGAUAUAAAGAGAUAUUUUUGCCAUAUCCACUACGAAGAAAUGUGUGUGGUCUAUUAAUAAGGCACAUGGGGGCAGGCAGAUGGCGCUAGUUCUUAUGAACCCACCCAUACAUCGAUUAAUAUGAAGACACUUUAACGAGACCACAUUUCAGUCUUUUUCUUGUGUUAAAGCUUCACGGAUAUUUUGUUUAUAGUGGUGUCACAAUAACUAUAUAUUACUGCUUCUUUAUCCUACAGAACGAAUAGCAGUCACUUUCUUUAGUUUCUUUUUGUUGUACUUCAAAUAAAAAAGUGAAAUGUAUGUGUCAA